ACUCACAAUCGCCGCGAACGGAGUGAUAUCAUUUCGUUUUGGCUUUGGUGGUUCUGUUGAGUUUUUCUGCCAUCGCCACCAUGUCCAACGGUCCAAUUGUAGGCGGAAUUAGUCAGCUGGAGGGGAAUGAGAGGAGGGAGGCUCUGGAACUCCUCGAUGCCACUCUCGCACAGUUGGCCACCGGAGAUGGACCCAGCUUCAAGGCACUUAAUGUGACCUCUGUGACGGGUCAGGUCGUAGCUGGAAGCCUCAACACCUACGAGGUUCAGCUGGACAAUGGGUCAGAGAUAAAACAGGGCACUGUGAAGAUCUGGAGUCAGCCAUGGCUAAAGGAGAACGGCACCAACAUCAAGAUCAAGUUCGCGGGUGAGGACGACGAACUGGACCACACUUGGUAGAAGGCUUUACCUUAGAUCUAUAUACACUUUAACUCAGAAUAGUGCAGAUCUUAAAUGUUAUACUGACUUGCCUUUGCAAAUGUUUUAGUCGUAAAUUAUGGAAACCCUUAGGGGAACCAUAUUCUUGAGACCUCAGGUAGCUUGCAGAAGAGAGCCUUACCUUUACUAUCUGGGCGGAUUUAGGUACAUUUGGUUUCACUAGAACCGUAUCUAAUGGAAAUGGUUCUUUCAGGUUUCAGGUACACACCCAUAAAGUAGGUUGAUUCGAUGUUGGUUAACCAGUUCUGUUGGCAUAACCAGUUUGCUUAUAUCUCAAUAUAUAUAUCUCAAUAGGUAAAUCGAAUUAUCUUUUAUCUCAACUUUUGUGUUUAUUUAAUAAGUCAGCGGUGUCAGUGGAUUUUACAAAUAGUAAUUCACCCUUUGUUGCUGAUAAUAGACUUCGUUUUUUUUAAAUAAUCAGGAGAGCUUUCGAAAACAAUAGACAUUAGUAAUUUAACUGAAAAACAACUGGUAACUGGUAACCAAACUAAAAGGGUCAGUAAAUUCAAUCCACUAUAGUCAUAGAUUCGUUCUUAGUUCUUAUCAAUCUUCAUUGAAGAAUCAUUAUCUCUCGAAAUGAAAAAAUGCGUAAAGAGGUCGAAAUGAAAACUUUGAACAUUUGCCAAAAACAAAAUAAUUAUAAAGAUGAACUGUUUGCUGUUGAGGUCUUAAAACGACUGAUUCAAAUAAAGGUGUUCUAACACAGAGUGAUUAGUCCGUACAAUGUUGACACUCCUGACCUGGGCAAACAAGUAAAAUGAUAUCACGAAACGGCAGGCAAAACCAAAGUAAAUUAUUCAGCAAUAAACUGAAGAUUAAAUAAAAAAAAA